AUGGGGAGGCGCCGCAUUGGUGGAAAUUCGCGGGUGCUUCGCAAGAAGAAACUUAAAAUCUCCAAGAGGGUCCCGACGUCACAAAAUGGUUCUGCUUCAGCCGCCACAACUGGUAGCGUGAAGAGGAACACAAACUUGCGACUUAAAAAAUCCGGUAGUCGGUUGUCGUCGGGGAAACAGCGGCUUUUAGCACUCGAUGCAUUGCGAAAAGAGCGCAGCCAAUUGCUAAAACGGCAGGCCGCUGAGCGCAUGGUAUUAAAAGAGCAUACAAGGGAGUUGGAAGCACGUCGACUGCGGAUACGUAAGGGUGAGAACGCGAAGAUGGAGCGGCGGGAGCUUGGGAAGUACAUCCGCCAACUAAAGGAGGAACAGAAGUCGAAGCAUCAGUCGGAACUUCUUUCCAUUGAAGAGGCUGUGAAGAAAAACGGCGGUAAGAAGGAAUACGACAUGAAAUAUGACGCCGACGAGUGGGAAGACGUGGAGGAGGAUGUGGAUGAGUUUGACGAGGACGAACUGCAGAGUAUGUUUGCGCAUUUGACCACCUAG